CCAGAAGAGAAACGGAGGAUGAGGAUCGCCGAGAUCUCGACGCCGGAGCUCCGGCGUGCCCAGCCGGACGCUCAGCCCGAUGAUCCCCUCACCUCUCAAAUCGAGUCUUUAGUCAAACAAUUCGAGACCAUCCCCGUCACCCACCCCCGUCCCGAGCUCAGUCCCCUCGCCGCCGACCUCCGGCGGUGCCUCUCUCAGCUCGCGGAGCGCGCUCCUUUCCCGAACUCCCUCAAGCUGCACCUAUGGAAGCUCAGCUACCGCCUCUGGAACUCCUGCGUCGACCGCUCCAACGCCUCCUCCAUCUGCUCCCCCUCCUCCUCCUCCUCCUCCUCCUCCUCCGAGGAUCAGGCCAAACUCCGUCACGUCGCCGCCGACAUGCUCUCCCUCGCCGGGAGCGCCGCCGGCGUCCCCUCCCCGGAGGUGAAGACCGCCUUCUUCUAUCACAAGACCGGCAUCAUCUGGCAUGAUCUCAAGAGGUUCGAUCUCGCUGCCGAUUGCUUCGAGAAAGCCACCGAAAUCAUCUCCAAAGUCGACGUAGGCACAGUUAAGGACGCAGGACAGAGAAAGCUGUUUUUAGAUCUUCAGAUCGCGAGGUCGCGCACCGCUUGGGAAGUUUCCGACCAGAUUUUGGCGGUGACGCUCUUGAAUCGUUCCAAGUGUCUGUUGUUUGGAUCGUCCGAUCACUACAUCGCGUUAGCAAAUCAGUACUUGGCGUUUGGCAAGAGCAUCUUAGAAACCAAUAAAGGCAACGAGGCCCGUUGUUUUAAAGAAGCUCUGAAGCUAAUGAACGAUUCGUUGGAUUUGUGCGAGAAGGCAUUCAGUACAGCUAGGAUGCGGCAAGAGACGGUGAAUCUCAAGGGGCUUAAGUCGAAAAUUCUGCGGUUCAUCGCGGCCGUACACCUGCAGAUGGAAGAGUACGAGAACGUGAUAAAGUGUGUUAGGAUUUUAAGAGAAAGCGAGGGUGGCGGGGACAACCAUCCGAGCUUGCCGGUUUUGGCCAUGAAGGCAUGGCUAGGAUUAGGCAGGCACGAUGAGGCAGAGAAGGAGUUGAGGGGCAUGGUUGUAAAUAAGGGGAUUCCGGAGGGGGUUUGGGUCUCGGCUGUGGAGGCGUAUUUCCAGUCAGCAGGGACAGCUGGGGCAGAGACUGCCAAGGGAGUGUUUCUGGGGCUCCUCGGGAGGUGCCAUGUCAGUGCGGCUGCUGCAGUCACGGUGGUUCAUCGGGUGAUAGGUGGUACUAGUGGCAGUGGCGGCGAUGUGGAUGGAUCGAGGGUGAGGGCUAAGGUGGUGGCAGAGCUGGUUUCAGAUGAUAGAGUAAUAGCGCUGUUUUCAGGGGAUGCCACUGCUAAAGAGAGGAACGCAAUGCAUGCUCUGCUGUGGAAUUGCGCUGCUGGUCAUUUCCAAUUAAAAGAUUAUGAAACGAGUGCAGAAAUGUUCGAGAAAUCUAUGCUUUUUCUUCCAUGUGACAUAGAAGGCAGAGCUGUUCGGGCCAAGGGCUUCAGGGUGUUAUGCCUAUGCCGUCUAGGUCUCUCUCAGUUGGACCGAGCUGAAGAAUACAUUAAUGAAGCUCACAAGCUGGAACCGAACAUAGCAAGUGCUUUCCUCAAGUUCAAAGUCUAUUUACAGAAGAAUGAUCACAGUGCUGCAAUAAACCAAAUUCAAGCGAUGACAAUCUGCCUUGACUUUGCUCCAGACUUCCUCUUGCUAUCAGCACAUGAAGCUGUGGCUUGUCAUGCGCUCCCUGUAGCUGUUGCCUCUUUAUCAAAUCUCUUGAACUUCUAUGCCUUGGGAAAAUCAACAGCAACAUCAGAGGUUGUAGUUCUACGUACCUUAAUCACAAUCCUCUCUCAAGACACGGGAAAUGAGCCUGAAGUAGUUAAAUUUAUAAAACAUGCUAAUGAUCGAGCAUCAGAAAUCGGGGUUGAUUGCUAUUUUGGAAAAGACGAGGUUGCACUACGGGAACUGAAAUGGUUUGCUGUAACUUCAUGGAAUUGUGGAACAAGUGCUGGGAAGAAGAAAAAUUUUGUGCUGUGUGCUGAAUUUCUGAGACUAGCAUCUAAUUUCUAUAGUCUCUUAGUUGACAUGCAAGGGGAAGAACACAGCCUCUUGCUGUGCAAAUCAUUGAUUUUUACAGUAUGUGCCAUGAUAGCUUCAGAGAACGAAAGAGAAGCCUCCCUCACUGAGAUUGAAGUGAAGCAAGCUUUGGAAUUACUCGAAAGAGCAGGAAAGAUACUGAAGUCGCUCUCAACAAGGAUGCAACUAAAUGAUGACAAAGACGCAGCCUUAGAGCCCGACUUGAACUUCAUAUACACCUUCAGCGCAUAUAAUAUACACGGCAGGAUCAAUGACUCGAGAUCCCAACAAAUCCUUGUGAAGAAUUUUGUCAGCUCGAGGGCAUGUACUCCAGGUUACCUCCUCCAAAUUGGUCUCGCUGCAGCACAGGGGCCAAGGCCCAACCCUGAGGUAGCCUUUUUGGCUCUGAGCCAGUGCCUCUCACAACUUGUAUCUUCCGUCUCACCAGACUACCAUAAUGUAUCUCUCAUUGUACGGAAGCUGAUAGCUUUAACCAGCAUUUACAAGGGCGAUACAGACGAUGACGCUGUGUAUGACGUGUACAAACAAGCUUAUCGAAUAAUGAUUGGCUUGAAAGAAGGAGAAUACCCAACUGAAGAGGGGAAAUGGCUUGUCACAACUGCCUGGAAUCGGGCAGCAAUUCCAAUUCGCGUUGGACAACUUGAUGUGGCAAAGAAAUGGAUGAAGGUAGGGAUUGAACUUGCAGGGCUGGUUCCUGGAAUGGAGACCUAUCGGGCAUGCAUGGAGGACUUCAUCCGAGGAUUCGACAAGAAAUUUGCACAGCAUUAAGACGUUGAAGACAGGACUCAGUGGGUGGGCUAUGUAUAUGUUCAUUGCAGAUGAGGGGUAUACGUAAACCAGAGCACUUCAAACAUUGUGGCUGCAAAUAGUAGCAGGAUCUUAAUUUCUCUAUUGUUGUCAC